GUAAGCAAGCAAAAACGCCGCCAAGAAUUAAGGUCGUAGUUUUAUAGGGGCUUGUUUGUGAGUCACCAACUAACCUUGAAGAUUCCUCGAUUACACUCAGCACUCAGUCGCAUUAUUUUAGAGCUGGUCACAUCAUUACGUGUCGUCAUUAAGCACAAUUACUAAGUUGAAGCUAUGUUUGGCUAAUAUAUCAAACUUCUAGGUCACGUAAUCUUCUUCUCCAGGCAACCGUCUAACACGGCGUACUUAAGCGCAUAUAGACGCGACUAUAAGGUCGGAUAGUUGCAAAGGCGCGGCAGCCCGAGACCCGCAUCCCAUAUGCAGCAAACGGAUCGGCCACACGACCCUCGCGUCUUUCUUCGCCUCAUCGGUGUUUUAUAUUACCCAGCCUAGCCAUACAUCCUCCUUUGCGCUCGACAGUCUCGGACUAAGUCGGCGGGCAAGAAAUAGCGAGAUUGACCAGUUAAUGUAAAGAGAAAGAUAGAGUCGACUAUUUAUAUAUAGGAUCAUCCUCCCCUAUGUAUAGAAUGAUCAUAAGGGAGCUUGCUAUAACGUCAUGUUUAAUAAUAAUAGAAUAUUUUAUAGAUCUAUAAUCAAGCAUCUUAGUCCAUACCUUUCACGAUGGAACAGAAACAUCCGGUCAUUUACUUCGGGACGACAACAUUCGGCUCGUCCCAUGUGCCUGCGCUACAGGACGAGGCAAAUGUCUUGAAGUUCCUCGAUACCUUACAAGAUGGCGGCAUAGCCCAGAUCGAUACAGCCGCUAGAUAUCCACCGGAUAACCAUGGCGCCUCAGAACGAAUGCUUGGGCAAGUGAAAGCUUACCAGAAAGGGUUUACGAUCAACACCAAGGUGCUAUUUGCCGGACAGAACAGCGCUGGGAGUCUUAGCAAAGAAGCAGUACGGAAGAGCGUCGAAAAUAGCUUACAGAACUUAGGCGCCGCGAAGAUCGGGAUCCUUUACGCUCAUGCCGCGGACCCGGAGACCCCCCUGGCGGAACAGGCAGCGGCGCUCAAUGAGCAAUACCAGAAAGGGUUCUGUGGCAAGAUCGGAAUCUCCAACUUCCCACUCGAUAUGCUAAAGUCUUUCGUGGAGAUAUGCGAGAAGGAGGGCUACGUCAAGCCAUCGGUGUAUCAGGGACAAUACAACCUGAUCUGCCGCGGACCCGAGAAGGAGCUGAUACCAUUCCUCCGAAAGCACAACAUGACAUUCAACGCUUACUCGCCCCUCGGCGGCGGUUUCCUCACCGGAAAGCUGACGCUAGGGACCGCCGAGGGGACGCGUCUGCGCAGCGCCUACGGAGCGCACUUCGCGCGCUGGUACGACAGACCUGAGUUCCACAAUGCGGUUCGGAAACUCCUAGAGGCGAUCGAACCCCUCGGGAUCAAGCCUUCGGAAGCCGCUCUGCGGUGGCUGGCUUACCAUUCUGUCCUUGGGGAGAAAGAUGGGAUUAUCUUGGGCGCUACUAAGGUGGAACAGGUCAAGCAGAACAUCGAAGACAUCGGUAGGGGCCCUCUACCUCGUGAGAUCGUGGGAGUCAUCGAUGCUAUUGGGGAAGCUAUUGAUGCACUGGGCGGGGGCGAUUUUGAGGUGAGACCUACGGAGCUACCGCCAAAGUGAACUAUUUGCCGAUGAUUUCACUGCUUGAAAGUCAUAUCGUAAUACAUGUAGAGGGUAGAAGAUGUGUACUAGUUAGGUGUUUAUGUUCUACUGAGUAGGAGAAAUAGUUAUACCACGUUGAUUAAUUCUUGAUCAUUCAUUAUUGUCAGGGUAUAGUGGGUCAGGGCGGCUACAGGGAUCUAUACGAGUAUAUAAGAGGCGCGAAGCGCCCUCGUCAGAGGUUAGAAGGCCAGGCGUUACUA